GGAAGAGAACUUCAAUGGGGUCUUCUGUAACUGGAGAACGUUCGCGAGAUUGGCAUCUGCGGAACUGGAAGAGGGUUUUCCUGAUAGUUUGCGUGUUUGCUUUGGCAUUUGAUCCUCUGUUUCUGUAUAUUCCUGUAUUCGAACGGGACAGAUUCUGUCUGGCUUUGGACAAGUAUCCAGCUAUAACAGCUUGUCUUAUCCGAACCAUUCUCGAUGCCUUGUAUAUGGUUCACAUCUUGUUUUAUUUAAGAGCUCCUUGUCAAGUAUCUUUUAGAGGAGAAAUGCUCGUUGAUUCUACCGCUACAGCAGCUAAAGGACAUCGCUUUUUCUACUUGAUGAUUGACAUUCUCUCUCUUCUCCCUGUCCCCCAGGUUCUUGUUCUGUCUAUCACUCCAAGGUCGAGGCUUACAUCGUUGGUGACCAAGGAGAUGCUGAAAUGGGUUCUAGUCUGUCAAUACGUACCCCGAAGCAUCCGAAUCUAUCCUCUUUACGAACAAGUAACAAGAGAUUCCGGUAGAGUGACAGAGACGAAGUGGGCAGCAGCUGCUUUGAAUCUCCUCCUCUACAUGCUAGCAAGUAAUGUGAUUGGAGCUUACUGGUACUUGAUCUCCAUAGAAAGGAAAGACAUGUGUUGGCGUUUCGAAUGUGCCAAGAUACCCGGAUGCGUUCAUGCAAAUCUCUACUGUGCUCAAGCUGUUGGGGACAAUGGUCGUUUCUUAAACGGGUCAUGCCCAUUAAUCGACCCCGACCAAAUCACCGACCCCGCAGUGUUCAACUUUGGGAUGUUCACUGAAGCACUUCAGUCUGGUCUUGUCGAUUCAAGGAAUUUCCCCAGGAAGUUUCUCCACUGCUUUUGGUGGGGUCUCCGCAAUCUUAGUGCUUUGGGCCAAAACCUGAAGACGGGCGGCUUUGUUGGGGAUAUCCUCUUUGCUCUCGUAAUCUGUGUAUCUGGGUUAGUCUUGUUUGCUCUGUUCAUCGGCAAUAUGCAGAAGUACUUACAAUCAACAACAGUUAGAGCAGAGGAGAUGGAGGAGAAACGUAGAGACACAGAGAAAUGGAUGUCUCAUAGGGCGCUGCCAGAUGAGCUGAGAGAGCGUAUUAGGAGAUAUGAGCAGUACAGAUGGAGAGAAACCAGAGGAGUUGAGGAAGAAUCUCUUCUUCUUAGCCUUCCUAAAGACAUCAAACGGGACACCAAACACCAUCUUGGCCUCGACUUGCUCAGGAGGGUUCCUUUGUUCGGGGUUCUGGAUAUCCGGCAGCUGGAAGCGCUAUGUGUGCUAGUGAAGCCAGUGUUUUACACGAAGAACAGCUACAUUGUGCGUAAGGGUGACCCGAUUGAGGAUAUGCUUUUUAUACUGAGAGGCAAUGCGAGUUUCAGUUCAUAUCGCCUCAGGGCUGGUGACUUCUGUUGUGAAGAACUACUUGAAUGGGCUCUAAGUCGCAAAUCCUCUCAUCUUCCCAUCUCGGACAGUGAGAUACAGGCUAUAACCGAUGUUGAAGGCUUUGUUCUGUCAGCUGAUGAUCUAAAAUUUGUUGUUACUCGUUACACUAGUUUCCAUGGCAGGAGAUUCAAGAGCGUGUUCAGGUACCAUUCGGCUCAAUGGAGGAGAUGGGCGGCAUGUUACAUACAAGCAGCAUGGAGGAUACACAAAAGAAGGAAGCUUUCUAUAUGCCCAGAAGAAGAAGGCCAACGUCAAGGAACAACACUCAACCUGGGUGCCGCCGUUUUUGCCUUGAGGUUUGCUUCCAAUGCUUUGAGAGGCGUUAGGGCAAGAGGAUCAAACUACUGCAGAUUUCCUCAGAAACCAUCCCACUCAUCCCAGUUUUAAUUGGAGUCUCCUUUGUAUCUCACACUUUGUCAGUAGAUAUUGGGUGGGUACAGUGACAUGCAUAUAGAUUCACCGUAGGAUAUCGAUCAAUGAGUAUUGAGAUCUUGAAUAAAACUUUGGAAAGAGGGUUCUCAUAAUUGACUGCAGUACCAUACGAGA